AGGGCAAUAAUCAGCUGUCAUUUGUCAAAGUCAUAUCUAAAAUCCAACAGACUUGAGGAAUGCCAAAAGAAAAUUGAAAAAUGAACCCAAAAGAACCUUUAAUUGCUUAAAUAAUACAAUAACAAACGAUAAAUGCUUUUGUUUUUUUUUUGUCUUUAAUAUUUUAAUAGUGUUAGAUCUAUUUGCAAGAAAAACCUUCCUAUAAUACACAACUAAACAAUUUUUUAACUUGGUUCGGUAGAAUCUACGUUUUCAACACAAGCUAAUGUUAUAAUCUGUGCAAGGAUGGCGAUGCUUGGGAAGUAAUACGUUCCGCCGAGUUCCAACAAAAAAUAUGUUGUUCGCGUAAUUUGUUCAUUUAAAAUAAAGUUUUAUUAUAUCGUUCGUGUUAGUAAAAUUUCUAUGAUAAAUUCAACAUUUUGAAACAUUUAAUUCCGAUUAUUAUCAUGCGUCAGUGUAAAAUUUAUGAAUUUUCUCCUGCACUCUGUCUUGGCGGCAACAAUACGAUGAAUAUCAACAAAGAUAUUGCUCUUAUAGGAAACUUAUUAGUUCAUUAGUGUUAGUGGGAAUUAAAGUUACAGAUACAAUUUUGAAUUAGAUUACAGCUUUAUUUAUUUUUUUAUUUUACUGUGUACCUACUAUUGAUCAUUUAUACAAAAUACACGAUGAAUGAUGUCCGUGACAAAGUGUCUGCCGGUUCCUCAACGUGGGAGGGUGGCGUUACGCACGGUGAACCACCACCUGAAGCGCAGUCGUCGCCAAGCGCUGGCGGAGAAACUCCUCAAACUCCUGGAGCGCCGGUCCCGUUAGCCCAGCAUCUCGCUGCAGAUUUGCAUCCAGACCUCAUACAACAGGGAUGGCGAAAGUAUUGGUCUAAACGAGAGAAUAGGCCAUAUUUUUGGAAUAAAAUAUCAGGAGAAUCCAUGUGGGAAUUGCCAGCAGUAAAAAGAGAUUUUGAUCCAAUUACAGACCCCUUAGGGAUAUGCCACACUGGCCCACCUCCUGCUGGCAGUGUCACACCGAGUGCUAGCAAACGGCGACCUUCUGAGGAUAAUGGCCCUCCACCAAAGAAGUUUGUUUUAGCUGGUCCUUGGGAUAUAGAAGUACCAACAAAUGUUGUAAUAUAUGAACGUCCACCGACUAUAUGUCCGCAUCCCCAUCCUGAAAUAGAGGGAUUUAGAUUCACUUUAGCAAAUAAACUGAGGCAAUGUUAUCAAGAGCUGUGUCACACAAGAGAAAGCAUAGAUGCACCAAAGGAUUCAUUUAAUCGUUGGUUAAUGGAGAGAAAGGUAAAUGAUCAAGGUGGUUCAGAUCCGCUGCUGCCUAGUCAUUGCUUUCCUGAAAUAUCAAGAUCUAUGUAUGAAGAAAUAAUGAAUGAUAUACCUAUAAAGCUGACACACACGAAAUUUACGGGUGAUGCACGAAAACAAUUGUCUCGGUAUGCUGAGGCAGCAAAGAAAAUGAUAGAGUCACGGAAUGCAUCACCGGAGAGCCGUAAAGUAGUAAAAUGGAAUGCAGAGGAUACAUUCCAAUGGCUGCGGAGAACUGUUGGUGCUACAUAUGAUGAUUUUCAAGACAGAUUGGCACAUCUUAGAAGACAAUGCCAACCUCAUUUAGCCGAAACAGCAAAAGCAUCAGUGGAAGGAAUUUGCCUAAAAAUAUAUCAUUUAUCAGCAGAAUAUGCAAGAAAAAUUAGAGAAAAACAUAGCUUUUUAUUAAAAGAAAAUGGAAUUCAGGAGCUAACGGCACCACUGCAACAGGCGGCGCUUCGCAAGGUGUGGUGCUACCCGGUGCAGUGCGGCAUCCCCGCGCCCCGCUCGCCCCUCGUCGAGCACUUCCUAGACCGCGACCAGGCGCUGCUGCGCUACCUCGGCGACACACAAAUCAUCAAUGCCACAUAUCUACAGAAAUUGGAGUGCCUGUACAGAUACAGCUGCUUUGACGACAAGAAGUUCGAGCAGUUUCUGUCGCGCGUGUGGUGCGUGCUACGGCGCUACGCGGCGUGGGUUGGUGCGGGCGGUGACGCGCAUCUCACGCAGAUGUCGCUGCCCGUGCCCGUGCUCGAGUGCCUGCAUCGGUGCUUCGGAGUCACCUUUGAAUGCUUCGCCAGCCCCCUUGACUGCUACUUCAGGCAGUACUGUUCAGCAUUCGCAGAUACAGACUCAUACUUUGGCUCUAGGGGUCCAUUCCUGGAGCUGCGUCCAGUAUCAGGGUCGCUGGUGGCGCACCCGCCGUACUGCGAGGAGCUGCUGGAGGCGGCGCUGCGGCACAUGGAGCGCCUGCUGCAGGAGUCCGCGGAGCCGCUCAGCUUCGUGGUGGUUCUGCCCGAGUGGCCCGACAGACAUACGCACGCACUGCACAAGCUGCAAGCCAGCCACUUCAAACGGAAACAGGUCGUUAUACCAGCUUUUGAACAUGAAUAUCGUCAUGGAUUCCAACACGUCCUUCCAAAGAACGAGGUGUACUUUCGUUGGGGCGGUGGCACAGUGGUGGUGUGGCUGCAGAACGCUGCGGGGUUCGCGCGCUGGGGGCCCACAGAAGACCGCGUGGAAGCGCUGCUGGACGCGUGGCGGCCGCGCGCCAAGCUGCGCUCCCCGCCCCCACCAAACCCCACGCACCCCGCUAACUCCGCGCACCCCGCACACCCAACACACCCCGCACACCCCGCGCCGCCCCCCAACAACGACACCGACAACGCCAACGCCGCACCAGGCAACGCAACGCCCGCAGAUAAACGCUAGCUGUGGCUUUCAUUCUAUUGUCUAUGAAACAACAUAGACAAUAUUUGACAUUACAAGUGUCGUGGUUAAACAAUUUUAGUUGCGUCGCCACAUCACAUCGAUUUACAAAAUAUGGACUCAAAUUGCUAAUAAUGUUUGCGCUUUAGCAAUCAAUCUAAUACAUAGAAACAGAUAUUUAGAAACGGAGCGUGCGUUUUUCUCUAUGGUGCAGUAUAUAAUGUAAAGAACGCGAAAGUUAACUUACCUCCACUAAAAAAAUUCACUAUUUAAAAUAAUUUAGUAAAAAGCUUUUCUUUUGCAUACAGAAUUAGUUAAAAUUACG